UGUGAUGUGAGACAAAUGAUCGAGAGGAGCUCUAUUCAACUGUUCCAUGCUUGUUCCGGAGCAAUUGUAGUACUAAUUCUCGUUCAAGUGACAAGUUUUAUGGUUAGAGGUGACGAUGAUGAAAAGUGGACGACUUUACAGCCAGAGUUCCGCGGGGCGCCGAAACCUCCUGAAUUCGUGCGAAGAUUAUGGGGCAUCUAUAAUUUGAUUCCUUUUCCACUUGUGAAGAUCCCUGAGCAAAUUUUAGAGAUAGAAUAUUUGGAUAGAAUCGAAGUAGGCACUGGGCGCUAUUUGUUUGCUCGAGAUUUGCGUAGUCCGCCUACUCGCGUUGCAUGGCCGAAGCAGUACGUGCGUAGUUACUAUGCUCUCAUCAUGACAGAUUUCAAAUCGAGAUCCGGUCCAAUGGUUGUUGAAAAUAAUUUACACAACCUCUCCUUGCAUACAUGCAUGGUUUUACUCUGGAUCUCCUUUGUCCGGGCCCUCACGAAUGAGGCACAACCUGAGAUAAAAGACCUAAAUCAGAAGAAAACUAUCGAGAACCAAACAGCCUCUCCUACAUUUCUACAGGAAGACGAUAUAACAUACAAAGAGCUCCGGCAAACCCUUUUUGAUAACGGUAUAAUCCCACACUGUGUCGACACAACUCCAAAUCAUACAGUCCAGGUUCUGUUCCCUGACGGAUGGACCGUAAAAUUAGGAAAUUUAAUCCCGCCGGAAAACUUGACGGACCAACCGCCAGAUCUUGUAAAAUGGCCGGGAGACGUAACUGAAUUUUUCACUUUGAUAAUGGUAGAUUUAGACGAGCCAUCUAGGCUGUAUCCUGAUGAGCGCGAAUGGCUUCAUUGGAUGAUCGUCAACAUUCCUGGAUGGACGAUACAACUGGGCGAGCUCAAAUGUAGAUACGUUCCUCCCCAGCCCCAAGAGGAGAGUGGGACACACAGAUACGUGUUCACCGUUUACAAGCAACCGGAGAAACUAGAAUUUACUGAUGUCAAGCUAAUUAAUGGAACUAACCACAAUGACCUGGCGCGAGGACACUUUUCCACAAGAAUGUUUUCAAAGGAACACGACCUAGGAGAUCCGUGGGCCAUCAAUUUCUUUCAAGCCCGACACUUUAUACCACCAAGGCAAACUUUUGCGUAGUUAUGGUCAACAGGGAGUACUUAUAGUUUAGUGCAAAUGAAUGACACACAUUUUCCCAUCACAUUUCCAUGAAAAUGCUACAGAGUUCCAGAGUAUAUUUAGUGUGAUCCUGUUCACCGUAAUUUCUAGAGUGGGACUGUCAGCCAUACUUUGGAAUGGGGUUGUGACAAGUGAUGAGGCGUGAUAAUCGACUAUCGAUAUUAUCCCAUUUGAAGCUAUGGUAAAGAAUCGAAUAUUUUGUUGCUCGUUGCGAACGCCGUGAUAAUCGAUCUUUUUCCAUAAGUUUGGAUGGCAUAUUAAUCGCUACAUCGCAAAGAACGCCACUCUACUGGUGACGUGGUCACUACUGAUUAAAAUGAAUUGAACUAUCAGAUGUGUUCACGAAAAUGAACCUUUUUACAACAGAUUCUCAAGGAAUGAAAUCUCUCUGCGUGAAUGCAUCGCAUUUCGUCACCCCUCUAACGUAAGGGCGCAUUUGGAUUUCCACGUGAGCCCUGUUUUACAUAUUGAUCUAUGCUUUCUGGGGCUCAUACGGAGAUCGAAAUAUGCUCUUACGCCAGAGGAGCGAUGCUUUUAGCAUCAGUAUCGUGAGGACGGAGAAAAUCGCCAAUAAGUUCAAUGGGACCUAGAAAAAUAUUCGUGAAAAGACACAUAGACAACCCUUGCACAUGGGAGCGUCUGUUAACAAUGCUGUGAACUUUGCACUUUGCCGUGAGCAUAAUUAGCACCAGUGUGCCAUCAAUCUUGUGCGAUGCUACGCGGAUAACCUAUGGCCAGUAAGUGACGAGAGAAAAAAACAACACUAUUAAUCUGGCUCGAACACUAUAUGUAAAUAAAAUGAGGAAAAAGUCCUGGUUACACACUUCUCUGAGGGACAUUCAAGUUGAUAACUUCAAUAAAAAAGAAGUAGGAUUACACCCUACUGAGAGGAUCUAAGUAUCCUCUCAGUAGGGAUUACACCUUACUGAGAGGAUUGUGGAUCUGCAACAAAGUAUUGACCUAUCCCCCGGAAUGCUCUCCCACCGAAGUCUGGUACUGAUGCUCACUUGAGUUUAUUUUGCAUAACACUAAUACAAAUGUAUGGUCUUCCUGCUUUGAUUUUCCCUCAAAAUAAUGUGACCCCAGCAAUUUUACCAUUCUGACAAUUUAGCGAGGAAAGUCGCUUAGUCAAGGUGUACAAUCAUUCUGGAAGGAAUAAUAUUACAAAAUAUUCCAUCCCUUCUUCAUUUUAAAUGAUCUAUUAUUGUGCUUCCAAACUCUCAUAGGGCGAUGAGCAGUUUUAUUUUUCCCACAUGCUUGGUGCUAUAAACUCUGCGAAACUGUCCCUAGCCACUAUAUUUUCUUGUUAAUUUGUCUUGGAAAACACUGUAUCCACAUAAGCAGUCAGACAGUUCCAUACUAAAGAGUUCUAUAUCCAACCUGUCAAAUAGAAGUUCACAUUUUCUUCUAUAGUUCCAAUUCUAAUUUCAGCCUCUAGAAAGUAAAUUAUCUUCGGUCGAAUGAAUGCACAGACUUCGGCGUUUUUUAUGCUUGGUUUAUUGUCAUCUUUGAAAAUUAUUUUAAUAAGCUUACAUGAGCCACGUAUCAGAGAAACAGGGGAGUUUCGCGUGCAUUUCACCCCCAAAUGAUUCUUUGAUUGUAGGCAUGAAAUUAUAAAUCUACUUCAUUUUAAAGUGCACUGGAAGCAGUUUGCAAAUAGAAGUUCUGGCAAUAAAUGAAAAUGGAACAAUCCGCCUGCGUUUAUAAAUUUAAUAUUUUGAAAAUGUUUGGUAAGACUAUUUUCCCCAUUUGAAAUUUUGUUGGAGGUUAAAGGAUCUUGUGGUGCUUUAAUUCUCACCUUGUUCUUUGUGAAAAACGAUGACUUCAGAUGGUAAACACCGUAUGUUGUUUGGAUACUUAAGGUUUUUUCUUGUGUUGUUUGAGUACGUAAAGUUUUUACUGAAAUCCUUAGGUACUCAAACAAGACAAGGCUCAUCCUAAUAUCAUACUUGCGUUCGUGCGAGUUUUGUGGAAUUUAAGCAGAAGUUCUGUAUUAAGGAAAUACGGAAGAUGCCAAUUAUUGGUUUCCAGGAGAAAUUGCCUUAACUUGCGCGAAAAAAUUGCGCGAAACUUAAUGUUGAAAAUUUUGUAUACAUUUCAAUGUUAUGGUUUGAAUGUAUGUUUAACUUUAUUAUUUAACGUAAUUUCUUUAAUAAAAAUUCACUUUUGACGUUU